AUCAACUACAAGGCUGUUGGCUCCCUGGACCCAAGUGCCGAUCUGUCCAGCCAGAGGGGGAAAGUGUUCAAACUCCGGAAUGAAACCCACCACCUCUUUGUGGGUCUGUACCCAGGGACCACCUACUCCUUCACCAUCAAGGCCAGCACAGCAAAGGGCUUUGGACCCCCCGUCACCACUAGGAUUGCCACCAAAAUUUCAGCUCCAUCGAUGCCUGAAUAUGACACAGACACCCCGCUGAAUGAAACCGACACGACCAUCACGGUAAUGCUGAAGCCUGCUCAGUCGCGGGGAGCCCCCGUCAG